AUGUUAUUUUUAAGUUUAUGUGUUCAAUGCCAAACUAAACAAAAAGUUCCGAAAAAAGGUAUUGUAAUCAAACCUAUUAUAAGUCGUGAACUUAAUUCCCGGUGUCAAGUAGACUUAGUAGAUAUGAAAACUCGCAAAGAUGGUGAAUUUAAAUUUAUAUUAAAUUAUCAGGAUCACCUAACCAAAUUUAUUCAAUUAAGACCUCUAAAAUCUAAAACUGCAGAAGAAGUUGCACAUCACUUAUUAAAUAUAUUUCUUAUUUUCGGAGCGCCAAAUAUUUUACAUUCCGACAAUGGACGAGAGUUUGUAAAUAAAGUUAUAUCAGAGCUGUGUUCAAUGUGGGAUGGUGUGAAAAUUGUGCAUGGUAAACCACGUCACAGUCAAACACAAGGAUCCAUCGAAAAGGAAAACCAAGAUUUCCAAAAUAUACUGAGAGCUAUGAUGGAAGAUAAUGACACUACAAAAUGGUCAGAAGCAUUACCAUUUGUCCAAUUUGCAAAAAAUACGASGUAUCAUCAAGGUAUUAAGCAAACGCCAUACGAAGCUAUGUUUGGCACUAAAGCACAAAGAGGUCUUUUUACAUCUUCUCUUCCACGAGAACAAAUAGAAAAACUAGCAACAGAAGAGGAGUUAGAAAAAAUACUUCAGUCUAUAACCCCUGAAACUGACCAAGAAAAUAAAGGAAGUGAUGAAAAUGAAGUAGAGUCUAACGGUAAAAGCGACGAUAACCUUGACGAUCAAACAAAUAAUGUUGAAGAUAAGCUCAGCGAUAAAAACAUAAAUGAAAGGAAGGAGAAUACAAUUAAGAAUAGAGCUUUGGCACUAAAUGGACUUCAAACACAAUCAAGUGUAUGCAUGCUGCGAUCGUCGAACCAAAAAUUUCCGCCUGCUCAUGUCGGUGAUACUGUUCGAGUGCGUGUUCCAGACAUCGAUCGAGGACUUAUGGCUUACCAAAAUAUUUUGGCUGUUGUAAUGGACGUUGAUAAUGACUUCUACAAAUUAGGAACAAAAUAUGGGAUUAUCAGUCAGCUGUACACUCGAAAUCAAUUUGCAGUGUGCGAAGAAAAAUUGAUAUCGUUUAACGACGUUUUAUCCGAGAAGACAAUGUCUUUGAGACAGGUAUCGACAGCUGCUUCCAAAAGUGGUGGCCAAGGUUAUAGGUAUACGAUUCAAUUGUAA